CACUCUUGGCAGACGCGCUCAGCCCAGUCUGAGCGAAUGCCGAACUUAUUUUGGACUGCCAAUCUAAUAUAGGAAGUUACAUUGUGUUCUGACGUUUUAUAAUAUUCCAAAUGUGUUAAAAAUUUCGCGUUGAGCCAACUGUCAAGUGAUGGAUUCGUGGGGCAUUCUGAAUGUGGACACGGCGACGCAGUUCAUAAGUCGUGAUGAUGAUAACGCCAGUUUUCGGAGAAAGGAACGCGUGACGAUCGAGAAGCUUCCAGACAAGGUCCUUCUUAACAUAUUCUCGUAUUUAUCCCACCGAGAGAUAUGUCGUAUGGCAACAGUAUGCAAGCGCUGGCGACUGGUCGCGUACGACACGCGACUUUGGACGCACGUGAGCCUGCGGCCUGAGAUCUCUGGGUUGCAUGUUGGCUCCCUGGAAUCUCUGCUGGCCCUCAUCACGGUGAGGUUUGGGUCAUCACUGCGCUACAUCGAGCUACCCAUUGAGUUGAUCACACAUACCGUGCUACAUGAGCUGGCGGCGAAAUGCCAGAACUUGACGCAUAUGCUUCUGGACUUUAGUACAGCCAUGCAGCUUCACGACUUCUCUGAGAUGCAGGCUUUCCCCACCAAGCUUCGAUACCUCUGCAUCUGUUUGUCUGAGGUCAUCUUCAUGGAGGGCUUCAUGCGGAAAAUAUACAACUUCAUCAACGGAUUGGAGAUAUUACAUCUUAUUGGAACAUACGAGAAAGUUGAGGAAGAGGAGGAGGAGAUAUACGAGGUGAUCAACGUUCACAAGCUCAAGUCCGCCACGCCAAAUUUGCGCGUCAUCAACUUGUACGGGAUCAACUUCGUUGAUGAUUCCCAUAUCGACGCAUUCAGUUCCAACUGUAUUCAGCUGGAGUGCCUAGCAGUGAACUACUGCAACAAGGUGACGGGUUCCACUAUGAAGACGCUGUUCCAGAGGUCUCGACGUCUGACUUGCCUGCUGAUGCAUGGAUGUAGUCUCCAAUCGGAGCACGUGAUGCAGGUGGAAUGGGAGAAGUCGUCCAUCCAGGAGCUGGAUGUGACCGCCACUGAUCUGAGCACGGAGUGUCUGAUAGACAUGUUGACGAGGAUACCGAAUCUUCGCUUCUUCAGCGCUGGCCAGAUCAACGGGUUUAAUGACUCAGUGUUGAAAGCGUGGAUGGAGGCGGGGACUUCUAGGAAUCUCGUAGCUCUAGACGUGGACGCAUCAGACAAUCUCUCAGACGAAGCUCUUCUUCGUUUCCUGCAGAGGCAUGGCAGUCAGCUCUGGGCGUUGGCUCUGGGUGGAAUGCCUCAUAUCACGGAUCAACUAUGGCAGAGUGUAUUGCAGCUGCUUACUAAUGCCAAAAUUCUUAUAAUGGGCACACAGGAGCGAUUAGGAGUCAAUAUUCACGUUGAUCAGUUGAUGGACGGUAUAGCGAACAACUGUCCGAAUUUGGAAAGGCUGGAACUUCGCUGGGACCCAGAAAACCUCAGAUUCAGUGACAAGAGUCAGAAGGCAAUCGACAUCUUACGCGUUAAGUGCCUGAAGCUGAAAUGCUUGGUGUUGAGUGAUGGGCGCUACUAUGAGAUCGUGAAGGCGAACUUUGAGCGAGCGGAUCGUACCACCGUUGUCAGAACCUCAACCAACUGCCGCGUCUCCAACUACUAUCUUCUCGCCAAUUAUAAGGAUUUGGUGUUCAAUUGACGCUUAGUUUAAUUGCACUUUGAAUAUUAUUUCCAACUACCCUACAUUACAGUAUU